GUAAGCUUUACCAUAGAGUUUAAGAUAUGGCUAAAGAACAGGUAGAAAACGAAUUCACUUUCCAAUCACUUCCCAUCAAAGUCAACUUCCACGGCACAACUGAUGUACGCGAAAACUUUGACACGUUCACAACUGUUGAUGCGCAGUCAGGGGAGCUACGUAACGCUUUCCGUGGCCGAACCCUUGUAGGCAUGAACAUUGUAUUGCCAGAGAAUUAUAACAUAGCUUUGGUGGACUUACCUCUGCAUAGCGCAGAUGAGCUUUACCUAGAAGGAAAGCUGAAUAAGAUCAGUCGGACUGAAACCUUUCAGCAACUUGCGCUAGACGUAGCGUCUGACAACGCAUGUAGCCCUGUCUUGUCGGAACACGUUCCAGUACGACAGAUUGCGUCUAGCUACGUACUAUGGGAACACGAUAAGCGAGCAGAUAAAGCCGAUAUAUUGAACCAAUGGAUAGAACUUGCGAAAGUUAUUCACACUUAGAGGUUUACACGUUGUUGUAUUUUGUUCUAACGACAUAGUACAAAGUAACCAUAACAGGUGAAGAGCUCUGAAUUCUGUGGCUAUGCUAUCCUAAAGGGCGACAAUUCUGAUUCUGUUAAAAGGAAUGUGCCACUUUACGCAAUGAUUUAGUUUGAGUGAGAUGCUUCAAGUGCUCCUUAAUGCCUACAACACAUCGUAAGGUAUAUUAU